AAUGACGUUGUGUGGGGCGUGUCCGGUCCUGCACAAUGGGCCAUGGAGUUCCCGUUCGAUGUGGAUGCGCUGUUCCCGGAGCGGAUCACCGUGCUGGACCAGCACCUGCGGCCUCCGGCCCGCCGACCCGGAACCACAACGCCGGCCCGUGUGGAUCUGCAGCAGCAAAUCAUGACUAUUGUAGAUGAACUGGGAAAGGCCUCUGCCAAGGCCCAGCACCUCCCCGCACCCAUCACCAGUGCUUGUAGAAUGCAGAGUAACCGCCAUGUUGUUUAUAUACUAAAGGACACUUCAGCCCGAUCGGCAGGGAAAGGAGCCAUUAUUGGUUUCCUCAAAGUUGGAUACAAGAAGCUCUUUGUACUGGAUGACCGUGAAGCUCACAAUGAGGUAGAACCACUUUGCAUUCUGGACUUUUACAUCCACGAGUCGGUGCAGCGGCAUGGCCAUGGGCGAGAACUCUUUCAGUAUAUGUUACAGAAAGAGCGAGUUGAACCACACCAGCUGGCCAUUGAUCGACCGUCACCAAAGCUGCUGAAGUUCCUGAACAAGCACUACAACCUGGAGACCACAGUCCCGCAGGUGAACAACUUUGUGAUCUUUGAAGGCUUCUUUGCCCAUCAGCAUCGGCCCCCAACUCCCUCUCUGAGGGCAACUCGACACUCUCGUGCUUCGGAGGUCGAUCCCACGCCUGCUGCUCCAGCACGGAAGCUGCCACCAAAAAGGGCAGAGGGAGACAUCAAGCCAUACUCCUCCAGUGACAGAGAAUUCCUGAAGGUGGCUGUGGAGCCUCCUUGGCCCCUGAACAGGGCCCCUCGCCGUGCCACCCCUCCGGCUCACCCACCCCCACGCUCUAGCAGCCUGGGAAGCUCUCCAGAUCGGGGUCCCCUCCGACCCUUUGUGCCAGAGCAAGAACUGCUCCGCUCCCUGCGUCUCUGCCCCCCACACCCCACUGCCCGCCUUCUACUGGCCUCUGACCCUGGGGGCAGCCCAGCCCAGCGCAGACGCACCAGCUCCCUUCCCCGCUCUGAGGAGAGUCGAUACUGACAGCUACCCCUUGCCCUCCUCCUUCCCAACCCGCAACUCACUCUUCCAUCAAGAUUUUUUUCUUCCCCUUUCUUGAACAGCUGGGUUGCCAGGGUUCUAAAUAGCCUAACACUUUGUAGCUUUUCUUACCACAGAAGACACCCCACACUCCCAACAUGUGCUCUGAAUACUCUCCAAUAGACAGCCCAUUCUGUUCCCAGAACUCUUGGGCUAAAUGGUUCCUACUGACUCCCUAGAGAAGCACAUUCUCUGCUUAUGGUCAGACUCCAGACCUUCAGAGAGGGUCCAAGGGCCUCUUCCACCAGGGAAACUUUUAAGGAGUGUCCUGUCAAUGGAGAACUCCCUCCACAGUGCCCACUGGUAGCUCUGAUCUUGCAUCCUGCUGCCAAACAAGCCUGUCCCUUAGUCUGCUGAUGCCAGCCUGUGAGCAAGCUCUGCUUCAGAGCAGUCCAGGCUGGUGGGACAAGGACCCCUUGGCUUCCCAGCAGGGUCCUCCCAACAUUGCCAAAAUCGUACUUCCCGAUGUGUAGAUGUGUCAGAUGUUGCUUUCAUCCGAUGAUCUGAGUCUCUCUUGGCAGUAGAGACAGUAGAUCCCAGCAAACGCCCCAGGACCACGUAGCUGUGUCUCUGAAGAUAAGCCUGGUCCAUUAGAUCCUGGACGCCCCUUAACCUCCCUGCCUCCCCAUAAAUAGACUUGUGAGAUUGUCUUGAGAUGAAAUGGGGGGUCAUCCUUCUGCUGCCCUUACUCCUUUCCCUCCAUAGGCAGAUUCUCCUCCCCUGCCUCCAUGCCCCCGCCCCCGAACGUGUGGUAGAUCAGGUGCCCCACUGUGUUCAAGUCCUUGGGAGCAGGACCUCCCUUCCUCCCUCCUUCCUCCUUCCUCUCAGUGUUGUCUCAAUAAAGUGUGGAUUCUUCUGUGUUUUCUAAAUUGACAUUUUCAGUGAAAAACA